AUGCCGUCCAGAGAGUCGUGCGAGGUUAAAAAGGACGAGAAGUCGCUGGUACACAAGGCCAAGCGAGAGGCCAACCAGGAGGAUAUCUUGGCAGCGGCCCUGGGGAUGAGGAUGGGGCCACAGAAGCCCCCCGCCACUAUUUGGCAGCCACUCAAACUGUUCGCCUAUUCUCAGCUCACCUCGCUGGUCCGCAGAGCCACGCUAAAGGAGAGCGACCGGACUCCCAAGUCCGAGAAAGUCCACAACUUCAAGGUCCACACCUUCCGGGGACCUCACUGGUGUGAACAUUGUGCCAACUUCAUGUGGGGACUGAUGGCCCAAGGAGUCAAAUGCACAGACUGCGGGCUGAAUGUCCACAAGCAGUGCUCCACCAUGGUACCCAAUGACUGUAAACCAGACCUGAAACAUGUCCGUAAGGUCUACAGCUGUGACCUCACGACCUUGGUGAAGGCCCAUAACACAGCACGCCCCAUGGUGGUGGACAUGUGCAUCCGAGAGAUCGAAUCAAGAGGUCUUAAAUCUGAGGGGCUCUACAGAAUAUCCGGAUUUAGUGAUUCAGUCGAAGACGUCAAGACGGCAUUUGACAGAGACGGCGAGAAGACAGACGUCUCAGUGAAUGCUUAUGAAGACAUCAAUAUCAUCACUGGCGCUCUCAAACUGUACUUAAGGGAUUUGCCGGUUCCUGUCAUAUCAUACGAUGCUUACCCCAGGUUAAUCGAGGCUGCAAAGCUCUCAGACCAGGAAAAGAAACUUGAAGCCUUUCGUGAAGCCCUGGCACUGUUGCCCCCAACGCACAUUGAAACUCUGAAGUACCUCAUGGCGCACCUAAAAAAGGUGACGCUGAAUGAGAACGACAACCUGAUGAACGCGGAGAACCUGGCCAUUGUUUUUGGGCCCACCCUCAUGCGUUCCCCAAACCUGGACGCCAUGACGGCUCUCAACGACAUCCGCUACCAAAGACAGGUGGUGGAGGUGCUCAUCAAAAACGAAGACGUGCUCUUCUGA